UAAUUAUAGCCACAAGUAGUGCCCUUAAGAAGGAUAUGAAAAUCAGUCUUUUACAGGCAAUCCCACCUUGAAAUUCUCUAGCAAAUACUGAAAAAAAAAAGGGAGCGCAAUCGCAGAAUGAAGAAAGCUGAGCUGGUCUUCAUACCAACACCAGGUAUAAGCCACCUCGUAUCCACAGUAGAGGUAGCAAAGCUUCUUGUGGACCGUGAUGAGAGGCUUUCAAUCACCUUCCUCAUCAUGAAACUACGUUCUGACCCAAAGAUUGAUAGGUUUAUAAAUUCAGUGAGUACAGCCUGUAAUCGUAUCCGGUUCAUUGACUUGCCUAAAGAUGAGCCUGAUCCAAACCAACCCAGGAAGUUUCUCUUUUCUUUGAUUGAAGCCCAGAUACCCCAUGUCAAAGAAGAAGUCUUUAAGCUUGUGAGUCAAUCGGAGUCAAGCCCUGACUCGCCUCCUCUUGCUGGGUUUGUUCUUGAUAUGUUUUGUACAUCUAUGAUAGAUGUGGCCACUGAAUUUGGUGUUCCAUCAUAUAUUUUCUUUACGUCAGGUGCAGCUUUUCUUGGCCUUCAAUUUUAUGUCCAGGAUCUUCACGAUGAGCAGAAAGUUGACCCUACUGAGUUCAAGGGCUCGGAUGCUGAGUUGGUCAUGCCGUGUUUGGCAAAUCCUCUUCCAGCUAAGGUCUUGCCUUCGGUUAUGCUUAACAAAGAGUGGCUGCCACCUGUACUCCUUAAUUUUGAUCCACAAGGACAGCAAAGCCAUGACCUCACUCUCACUCUUGUCCUGCACCAAAUACUGAAAAAAAAAAGGGAGCGCAAUCGCAGAAUGAAGAAAGCUGAGCUGGUCUUCAUACCAACACCAGUUAUAAGCCACCUCGCAUCCACAGUAGAGGUAGCAAAGCUUCUUGUAGACCGUGAUGAGAGGUUUUCAAUCACCUUCCUCAUCAUGAAACUACGUUUUGACCCCAAGAUUGAUAGGUUUAUAAAUUCAGUGAGUACAGCCUGUAAUCGUAUCCGGUUCAUUGACUUGCCUAAAGAUGAGCCUGAUCCAAACCAACCGAGGAAGUUUCUCUUUUCUUUGAUUGAAGCCCAGAUACCCCAUGUCAAAGAAGAAGUCUUUAAGCUUGUGAGUCAGUCGGAGUCAAGCCCUGACUCGCCUCCUCUUGCUGGAUGUGGCCAAUGA